AUGGAGAUCCCCCGCGUCAAAAGCACUACUCGUUUCGGUGCUUCGGUGCUCAAACAUCUCCAGACAUUUUUUGGAAUCGUCCUUGCAAACGUCGCCUUCAUGCACGCAAAGAUACCGUAUCUUCGGGAAAUCAAAUACAACUUCAUCACUUUCCAUUAUGUUUAUCUUAUAACAUGGACUUUUAUUGGAUCCAUUGUACUGUCUGCUAGCGGUAGUAUACCGUACAUUGAUGCCUUGUUUUUCUCUUCCGGUGCUGCAACACAGAGUGGGCUCAACACCAUCGACGUGAAUUUAUUACCGACCUAUGUCCAGGUUUUCCUGUACAUCAUAACCAUGUGGUGCAACCCGAUCGUCAUUCAUACGUUUGUUGUCUUCGUUCGUCUUUACUGGUUUGAAAAGCGGUUUCAGCAUAUCGUUAGAGACGCCCGUGCUCUGCGCCGCACAAGGACCAGGACUUUUACGACUGGAAGGGAGCAGCAGGAUGCUAAUCGGGAGGAACAGGGUAUCCGGGGACAGUCAAUUGUUGUCCUACGAAAUGAGCAGGGCGAGGCUCGUGAUGGGGUCGAGGAUAGUCACAAAGCGGAAACAGAUGCCAAUUCCGAAACGGGAUCGUCCAACUCAACCUCUAACGACCGUCGUGGACCAGAGGAAUCUCCUCAAGUAGGCCCACCAUCUCCCCUGACCGAUACCGAGGGCAUGCGUCUACCCACCCAGCGAAGUCCAGAACAUCACAUCGCUUUCCUAGAGCAUCAGCGAACGGACAAAGGCACCCUGCGUAUUCCCAGCCCUCGAGAGUUCGACCGUGGCGGUGUCCCUCAGGCUUUAGACGAAGCUAUCGAGAAUAAUCCCACGAGUCCCAAGUCGCCACCGGUUGAAGAUGAACAGCGUCAAGAAGGUGGAAAUGAACUUGGCAACCAUAUUACCAUCAACGAACCUGAUAUCGAUCGCUUCCGAGCACGAACCGGUCCCACCGCCACUUUUCCUCGAAUGGCUUCACAACGCACGACUUUCCGCGACGAAGGUGACAACGAGCCUACCAGAGUUCGCACUCGACGAGGUACUUUCAAUGGUAUAUUCAGGUCAAUGACCCAGGAGCAAGACAAGGACACCUUGCCAUAUUUGAGCUGGAAUGCUACAGUUGGCAGAAACUCGGCUUUUGUUGCUCUUACUGAAGAGCAGCGCGAGGAACUCGGAGGCAUUGAGUAUCGGGCUCUAAAAACACUGGCUCUCGUGCUGGUGGGGUACUUUGUCGGCUUUCACGUUUUUGGCAUUAUUUCUCUUACUCCAUGGAUUCUUUUGAGUAAGACAUACGGGCCUGUGGUGACCAGUAUUGGUCAAGGACGUGCUUGGUGGGGUGUCUUCACGUCACAAUCGGCCUUCAACGAUCUUGGAUUCACCUUGACCCCGGAUUCCAUGAACUCGUUCAAUGAAGCGGUGUGGCCACUCCUUGUCAUGAGUUUCCUUAUUGUUAUCGGUAACACGGGUUUCCCUUGUAUGUUGCGUCUGGUCAUUUGGAUUAUUUCCAAGUUCACCAGAAACGGAACCGCUCUAUGGGAAGAACUUCGCUUUUUAUUGGACCACCCUCGGCGAUGUUUCACUUUGCUAUUUCCUCGAAAUGCUACAUGGUGGCUUUUUGCCAUUUUGGUGGUACUAAAUGGUGUAGAUUUGAUUUUCUUUAUUAUACUUGAUCUUAAUGAUUCAGUUAUUACCGCUAUCCCCGCUGGUUAUCGUGUGUUAGACGGUCUCUUUCAAGCAUUUUCGACGAGAACUGCUGGAUUCGGUGUCGUCAAUAUCUCGGCUUUGCACCCAGCCAUUCAAGUUUCUUACACGAUCAUGAUGUACAUCUCUGUCUUCCCCAUCGCCAUUUCCAUGCGAAGAACCAAUGUGUACGAAGAGAGAAGUCUUGGUAUAUACGGCUCGGCUGAAGAGGAAGAGGAGGAUGUAAAAGAGCCUAGCUAUAUCGGUGCUCAUUUACGCCGGCAACUGAGUUUUGAUCUAUGGUAUAUCUUUUUGGGACUAUUCAUCAUUGCUAUUGUCGAAGCCGAUCGUUUAGAGAGCAGUGCCGAUAGCUAUGCAUUUUCUCUAUUCGCCGUUCUCUUUGAGAUCGUCUCGGCUUACGGGACAGUCGGCUUGUCCCUGGGAUACCCCAACACGAAUGCAUCCUUUUCUGCGCAAUUUAGGGUGAUUUCAAAGUUGGUCAUCAUUGCAAUGCAGAUUCGUGGUCGACACCGUGGAUUACCGUAUGCACUCGAUCGAGCCAUUCUUCUCCCUUCUGAGUCUCUGCAACAGAAGGAACAGGAUGAUGCAGAGCGACGUCUACGCCGGAGAGAAUCCAAUGUCAGCAAUAUGACAGGCGCCUUCGGGCAGUCUUCGGGCAUAUAUCGCACUAGCACAUACAAUUCUAUGGGAAGCAGGGCUAGAUCUAGACCUAGACGGUCGGUGGAUAUGCGUGAUUGA